AUGUGGCUUGUGCAGGUAGCGCGUCUUACAGCAGCAGCUCCUAAUCCACACCCCGCAGCAGCAGCAGCAGCAGCAGCAGGCGGUCUUUCUGCUGCUGCCGCUGCUACUGGGGUGCCUGCUGCAGCGGCAGACGCAACAGCAGCAGCAGUAGCGGAAGCAGCAGCAGGACACAAGCUCAGCUGCAUUUACUUUGGCAGCAAGUCCUCCCUUCUUUUCUUUUCGAAGGUUAAUGCGGCUACUGUUGCUGCGCGUCAUUUGCUGCGAUGUCUGCGUGAUAAGCAGCAGCAGCAGCAGCAACAACUUAGCCAACAGCAGCACCAGCAGCAGGAGCAGCUGCAGCAGCUACAGCAGCUGCAGCAGCUGGAGCUGCAGGCCGAGACAAGACGCAUUCUCUUUCCUUUGCUGCAGCUCAUCCGGUUUGUGAACAGGCUUGAGGCAUGGGCCAGCAGCUGCCCGCCCUCUGAACAGGCGCUUUUACCGCUGGAGACACCCGCUGCUGCCGCUGCAUUUGCUGCGGACUUCGCAGCAACGAAGCAAGCCCUAGAGGAUGCAAGGGGUUUGUUCCUGAGGUGUCUAGACAGCCUAUGCAUGCGCGCUGCGAGCGGGACAUCGCUUGGCCUUGAGCAGCAGCAGCAGCAGCUGUUGCUGUUGCCGCGUCCGCUACAGCAGCAGCAGCUGCUGGGGCAAAACCAGGUGACCCAGCAGCAGCAGCAAUUCACGCUGCUGCCGGCUAUUCUCACAUCCCCACUUGCUGCUCCUGCUGCAGCAGCAGCACAGCCGCUGCAGCGGCUGGGGGAGAGGCUAAAGGAAGCAGCAGCAGCAGCAGCAGCACCAGCUGCAGCAUGUGCUGCUGCUGAACCGACUGGGGAGUCCGGUUUGAACCCUUUGGUCACGAGCAGCAGCAGCAGCAGCAGCGAGCAGGGCAGCAGCAGCAGCGGCGGGAGCAGCUGCUCAGCUGCCUUGGUAGCAGCAGAUGCAGCGGCAACAGCAGAGCCCUGCCUGCUGCUGCAGUACGAAGCGCCACCCGAGCAGCAGCAGGAACAGCAGCAGCAGCAGCAGCAGCAGCAAAAGAAGCAGCAGCGCCGUAGGCAGCUGCCAGACAUGUCUCCUUUUGUUGCUGAGUUUCAAAGACACCUGAGCUCCCCUGCUGCUGCAGGAGAUGGAGCUGCAGCAGAUGGAGCAGCAGCAGAUGGAGCAGCAGCUGCUGCAGCAGCAGCUUCUGGUGAUGGUGCUGCAGCAGCAGCAGGUGCUCCUGACUGGCUGCAGUCGUUGCUGCUGCAGAUGCCCUUAGAUGCUAUUUCCACAGGGCUGGCU